AUGUGCCUUCUGCCUUUGUCGGCCGCCGCAGUCGCCGCGCCCCGAACCCCACUCCGGCUCCUCGGCCGACGGCUCGCCGCCGCCAUGACCGCUGCCGAGUCGCUCAAAUCCGUGGACUACGAGGUGUUCGGCAACGUGCAGGGUGUUUGCUUCAGAAUGUACACAGAAGGUGAAGCUAAGAAGUUGGGCGUCGUUGGCUGGGUGAAGAACACAAGCAAAGGCACCGUGACAGGUCAAGUGCAAGGCCCUGAAGAGAGAGUCAAUUCCAUGAAGUCCUGGCUGAGCAAGGUUGGGAGCCCAAGUUCCCGCAUCGACCGCACAAACUUUUCCAACGAAAAAGCCAUCUCUAAACUAGACUACACUAACUUCAGUAUUCGGUACUAA